AUGGCUCCCAUGUCUCAAAAGAAGCGUAAAGUCCAAGAUGGAAUGCGAGGAAAGACAGAACGGCCCAAAAAGCGAUUCAGGAAGCAACUCGAGUACCACAGUUCGUCGGAGGAUUCAGAUCGGGACUCGGAGGACGGAGGAUUUGCGGCAGUAAACCUGGCGGACUCAGAUGAUGAACCCAAGACAGCGCCUCCCCCAAAGACCAAAACUAGCACCAAGAGUCCUGGUGCGAAACCCGCGAAACCCGCCACGGCCGACUCAGAAGAAGACAGCGAGCAAGAUGGCCAGGGAACAGGUUCAGAGGAGGACAGUGCAUCGGAAGAAGAGGGCGAAGCCGGGUCGACGGAUAUAAAGAGAAGAAAACCCACAAGCAAAAGAAACGAUCCGGAUGCCUUUUCGACAUCCAUCUCCAAAAUUCUAUCUACAAAGCUGUCACAAUCGGCUCGAAAAGACCCAGUCCUUUCACGGAGCAAAGAAGCAGCGGAAACGAGUGCUUCUCUUGCCAACGAGCGAUUGGAAAAGAAGGCCAAAGCCAAAUUACGGUUUGAACGCAAAGAAGACCUAGAAAGAGGGAGAAUCAAGGACGUGUUGGGGCUGAAUUCCGGAAAGGCCGGUGAAAUCGCCGAGGAAGAAAAGAGGCUGCGCAAAAUUGCCCAGCGCGGUGUUAUCAAGCUCUUCAACGCCGUUCGAGCGGCCCAAGUCAAGGCUGAACAGGCCGCGAGGGAAGAGCGAAAGAAAGGGACGGUCGGUAUGGCCAACCGCGAGGAGAAGAUCAAUGAAAUGAGUAAACAGGGGUUUUUGGAGUUGAUUGCAGGGAAAAAGGCAAAGACCGACCCCAAGCAAUAG